AUGCGCCCUUCACUCAUUCUAGUCGUGUUGCCCCUGGCCAGUGCCAUUCCUCAAGGCCCGCUCAAGAAACGUGCCGCCGCGGCAGGCCAGGACUCCACGGCCUCCAGCGGCCCAAGUUUUACCGUGUCCAUCUUGGCGGACACGAACCGCGACGGCAGGGUCGAUGUCGCGGGCGAAACCGACACCGUCGGCAAAGAGACGUGGACAGACGACGCCGGCGCCCUCUUCCUAGCCAAUAUCGUCGACACGGACCGCCGAUGCUCAUCCCAAAUCACGGGCUCCUGUGCCAGCGGGCUGGGCGACAUCUUCAACGCGACAGAGCCGCCCGAGACGCCGGUCCCCGACCCACGUCUUCCCGACACGCCUGGAGACGGGGGAUCCAUGGAACAGUGGUACAACAGCCUCAAUGAAGGCCAAAGAGCCCUCUAUUACGACUACUUGUUCAAGGGGCCGGAUUACCAAAAGAUAAACGAGGUGGACAGGAAGAUAUCGGCCUGCAACGACGCCUCGGACGACAUACUCCGCAACGCAACCUACCUGGCGCCUCUGCGUACUCGACCCAUCCCCGGGCUUGGCAACUCGGCCACGGGAACCGUCGCCGUGACCCGCAUGCUGGCCGCCUCCAAGGUUCGCCUGUUCCACAAACAGCAAACCAGUGGCCAGUGGGUGUUCAUCACGUCAAACUACACCUUCAAGGCCGCAGAGCUCAAAGCAGGUCUCGAGCUUGGCAUUGAUGCGCGCGACGUCCGCCGCCCCGGCGGGUGGGACGGCCGAGCCACGGUCGAGUUCACGGUAAAAGACGGGGGACACGAAGCCCGGGAUUCGGUGGCACUCCGCGUGGCGCCCGUCCUGACGCAGCACCACGGCCAGGCCGCCAAGCAGCUGCUGACAUCGCAAGUCGACGGCCCCAAAGGCAGGGACUCGGGCCACGAGCGUUUCGUCCAGGAGCUCGGCGAGAUGUCCUCCUCCCUGGGCCUCGAGAGCCCCAUGCACGCCUUUGAAGGCUGCGGCGAGUUGUGGACGCAGGACUUCUUCGAGCCCGGCUACAUGAGCAUCCCCGGGCCCAACGGCCCCGUCAGCCUGCACAUUAUGCUGCGGUCGGCGCAGGACUACCGCGAGGCCGGGCGCAAGGUGUUUCAGGAUUUGCGCUCCAACACCGUCGGAGCCGUCCAGCACCUCGCGGGCGGCGACACCGUCGACUCUACCGGAAACCUCGAGACGAUACCCCCGUACUCGCACCGCGGCAAGGCCUAUCCCGCAGGGCGAGCCGUCAUGGGCACCCAAAAGACCAAGCCGCACAUGAUGGCCUUUCUCGAGGCCCAGGAGACACAGGCCCCCAUUGAGCUCAACACGUCGUGGCUUUCCGUCGGCCACGUCGACGAGUUCCUGCAGUUCCUCCCCGCCGACAACAAGCUCGGCUGGGUUCUAAUGGCGGACGAUCCGCUCGCGGGCCUCGACAUCCUCCGGCAGGCGCGGCAGGCAGGCCACGGCAAAGAAAAGGCCGUCUCGCGCCCUCGCUCGCCCGCCGACCCCGAAGAGUGGCACGUCACCACCACCAUUGACGAGGUGCUCGACAGCACCGACUUUGCUGCCGUGCAGAACAAGAGCGCCGCCCACAUCGCCGGCAACAUCGAGAUUCUCAAGCGCGAGACGGGCCUGACCGACGCCGACGUCAUCCGCCUGCCGUGUCUGUACCACCUCGAGCCGGACCCCUGGGGCCGCUUCGUGAGCGACAUCUGGACUUAUGAGAAGAAGGCCGGCAACGAAACGCGACGCAUGUCCCGUCGCGCCGUACGCGUCAAGGCCGCCAACGCGCUGGACGCCGGUACGCCGCCUACCAAGUUGGCAGACGGGAAUGGAGCGAGUAUAGAGCGCCGCCAGAGCUUCAGUUGGUCCGAGUUUGAGACGUGGCCCGUUUUGGCGCUGUACCCCGGCAUUAUCAACAGCGUCGUCGUCGACAGGAAGCACGUCAUUGCGCCGAACCCGUGGGGGCCCGUGAUCGACGGGCGGGAUGUCCUGGCCGCCGCGGCGGACGAGGCCUACGCCAAGGCGGGUUAUACGGUUCGCUACAUUGACGACUGGUUCACGCACCAUGUUGAAAUGGGCGAUGUGCACUGCGGAUCCAACGUUAUUCGACGUGUGCCGGCGGAUAGCAAGUGGUGGUGA